GUAUAAAGUUAAGUUUCAAUACACAGGCAGGCUGGGCUACUGUUGCAUUCAAAAAUCAAAUAACAUUUUCGGAAGGCAGAGAGCCUUCGUUUCGUAAAGUCGAGAGAAAGCAAAACCAGACAAAGCGUAAGAAGAAGGAGAAAGUAAAAGCUUAAAAAACGAAGUGCUAUUCGACGAGUUCCUCUCGGAGAAGAAAAACCUGAAAAAAACACUCAACGCAGAGUGAUGAGUAGCAUAUUCAAGGGGUCGCCGUACCGGCGGCCUAAUGACUUGGAGGCGGGUAGCAGUCGCUCCGCUCAUUCCGACGAUGAAGACCAUGAGUCGUUUGCUGAUCCGUUUGACAUCACAAGUACUAAGAAUGCUCCAAUCGACCGACUCCGCCGCUGGAGGCAAGCUGCACUAGUGCUCAAUGCAUCCCGUCGGUUUAGAUACACCUUAGACUUGAAAAAGGAAGAAGAGAAGAAACAAAUUUUAAGGAAGAUUAGAGCACAUGCGCAAGCUAUACGAGCAGCAUAUCUUUUCAAACAAGCUGGGGAACAAGUAAAUGGUACAACAACUCCACACCCAACUCCUGGCAGUGAUUUUGCUUUUGGACCAGAGCAACUUGCUUCAGUGACUAGGGAUCAUAAUUUUAAUGCUCUGCAGGAAUAUGGAGGGGUUAACGGGCUGGCAGAGUCGCUAAAAACAAAUUUGGAGAAAGGUAUUCCAGGGGAUGACUCUGACUUACUGAAACGGAGGAAUGCAUUUGGUUCAAACACAUAUCCUCGGAAAAAAGGAAGGAGUUUCUGGAGGUUUGUUUGGGAAGCUUGCCAAGAUCUUACUUUGAUGAUUUUGGUGGUAGCUGCUGUAGCUUCUCUGGCUUUGGGUAUAAAGACAGAGGGUCCCAAGGAAGGCUGGUAUGAUGGGGGUAGCAUAGCAUUCGCGGUUUUCCUUGUUAUUAUUGUGACAGCUAUUAGUGACUAUAGACAAUCUCUUCAGUUCCAAAAACUAGAUGAAGAGAAGAGAAACAUACAUUUGGAGGUUGUUAGAGGAGGUAGACGAGUUGAAAUUUCAAUAUAUGAUAUUGUUGUUGGUGAUGUGGUACCCCUCAAUAUUGGUGAUCAGGUCCCUGCUGAUGGAAUUCUAAUCUCUGGCCAUUCAUUUGCAAUAGAUGAAUCUAGCAUGACAGGAGAGAGUGAUAUAGUUCAGAAGGAUGCAAAGCAGCCUUUUUUAAUGUCUGGCUGCAAGGUGGCGGAUGGAAGUGGCACUAUGCUGGUAACAGGGGUUGGGAUUAAUACUGAGUGGGGUUUACUCAUGGCUAAUCUGUCAGAAGACACUGGUGAAGAAACACCCUUGCAGGUGCGCUUGAAUGGGGUUGCGACUUUCAUUGGUUUUGUUGGUCUCAGUGUAGCUUUUGCUGUUUUAGUUGUUCUUUUAGUUAGGUACUUCACCGGCCAUACUGAAGACUCGAAUGGAAGACAACAAUUUGUUGCAGGCAAAACUAGUGUGGGAAAUGCUAUAGAUGGAGCCAUUAAGAUUGUCACUGUUGCAGUCACAAUUGUAGUUGUUGCGGUGCCUGAAGGGCUUCCUUUAGCUGUCACCUUAACCCUUGCUUACUCGAUGAAGAAAAUGAUGGCUGAUAAAGCUCUGGUGCGCAGGCUUUCUGCUUGUGAGACCAUGGGUUCUGCGACAACAAUUUGCAGUGACAAGACUGGGACCUUGACAUUGAAUCAGAUGACUGUGGUUGAAGCUUAUGCUGGUGGAAGAAAAAAUGAUCCUCCAGAAAGCCGCUCAGAGUUACCUGAUACACUAGUCUCAUUACUUAUUGAGGGCAUCGCAGUGAAUGCAAAUGGCAGUGUCUUCACCUCAGAGGCAUGUGGAGAUGUAGAGGUUUCUGGAUCACCAACAGAAAAAGCAAUUCUUAUUUGGGGGAUCAAGCUUGGUAUGGAUUUUGAUGCUGUUAGGUCAGGCUCUUCAAUUGUUCAUGUAUUCCCCUUCAACUCAGAGAAAAAACGAGGCGGUGUUGCAAUUCGAUUGCCGGACUCUAAAGUUCAUAUUCACUGGAAAGGGGCAGCUGAAAUAGUUUUAGCUGCAUGCACUUGGUACCUUGACACUAAUGGUGAAGCUGUAGCAAUGGAUGAAGAAAAGGUGGCCUUUUUUGAGAAGGCGAUCGAAACUAUGGCGGCUGGUAGUUUGCGCUGUGUUGCAAUUGCAUACAGAUCAUAUGAAAGUGAAAAGGUUCCGACUAAUGAAGAAGAGCUUGCUAAAUGGGCCUUACCUGAGGAUGACCUUGUUUUACUGGCUAUUGUUGGCAUAAAGGAUCCUUGUCGUCCUAGUGUCAAAGAUUCAGUGCAGUUAUGCCAAAAGGCUGGUGUAAAGGUACGCAUGGUCACUGGUGACAAUCUUAAAACAGCUAGGGCAAUUGCUUUAGAGUGUGGGAUACUAUCAUCAGAUGCUCCUGAGUCUAGUCUCAUUGAAGGGAAAGUUUUCCGUUCACUAUCUGAUUCAGAAAGGGAAGAAGUUGCGGAGAAAAUAUCUGUGAUGGGCCGAUCAUCACCAAAUGAUAAGCUUCUGCUUGUGCAAGCAUUAAGGAGGAAGGGACAUGUUGUUGCUGUAACUGGGGAUGGUACCAAUGAUGCUCCUGCCCUACAUGAGGCUGACAUUGGUCUUGCAAUGGGUAUUCAAGGGACAGAAGUUGCAAAAGAGAGUUCAGAUAUCAUCAUUUUGGAUGAUAAUUUUGCUUCGGUUGUGAAGGUUGUCCGAUGGGGUCGAUCUGUAUAUGCAAAUAUCCAAAAGUUCAUCCAGUUUCAACUUACAGUUAAUGUUGCAGCUCUUGUUAUAAAUGUUGUAGCCGCAGUUUCUUCUGGUGAUGUUCCACUGAAUGCGGUCCAGCUUCUGUGGGUCAAUCUUAUUAUGGAUACUCUUGGAGCAUUAGCAUUAGCUACUGAGCCUCCAACCGACCACCUGAUGCACCGGCCCCCUGUUGGUCGUAGGGAACCUCUUAUAACUAAUAUCAUGUGGAGGAACUUGCUUAUACAGGCCAUAUACCAAGUGACUGUUCUACUCGUCCUCAAUUUUGAUGGCAAGAAGAUAUUGAAUCUGGAGCAUGAAAGCAAGGAGCAUGCUAACAGAGUAAAGAAUACGCUGAUAUUCAAUGCAUUUGUCCUUUCUCAAAUCUUUAAUGAGUUCAAUGCUCGGAAGCCAGAUGAAGUGAACAUUUUCCGUGGACUUAGCAAAAACUAUCUGUUCAUCGGAAUAGUGGCGAUAACCAUAAUACUUCAGGCUAUUAUCGUUGAGUUUCUUGGGAAGUUUGCUAAAACAGAGAAGCUUAGCUGGCAGCUGUGGCUGGUAUCGAUUGGUAUCGGUUUUAUCAGUUGGCCCCUUGCUACCCUUGGGAAGUUCAUACCGGUUCCAGAAACUCCAGUCAGUCGGGUCUUUUCUAGGAUGUUCUACCGUCGAAGAAAUCAAAAUGUUUCAGGUAGUCAAAAGCAUGAGGACUCAAAUGCUACAUCUAUAAGAAAUUGAAAAGGGAAUGUUUGUCUAUAAGUGUGUGUGAUACUGAUGUAUUUUGCCAUUUUCCCCCUCCUUUUCGGAUGACAACAAAUGUCAACACACAAAAAAACUGAACAUACAUACGGAGGAUUUCAAGACUGCACGGCUUCACGUGUUUCGGAUUCUUUCCCCCCCCCCCCCCUCCCCUUUUAACAGAAGUAUUGAAUUGGUGUUGUUUUUCUAUUACAUGAUGAUAUUUUAGUUAGAGCUGGUAAAUACCAAAACAUCAUACCCCUGUUUCUAAAUCCUUUCCUAUUGCGUUUUCCCUAUAUUUGAUUUA